AUGGCAUACUCGCACAGCCAUGACAGGGAGGAGGAGAGUCUGCUGGGGGAUCGACACAAAUAUGCUCGGAAGCGAUCGACCUCACCGAUGAGGCCUCUGAUGGCCCUGGCGUUUGUGGGAAUCUUGGUUAUCGCGGCUGUUCACUCCAUGACCGGGACCGAAUACGAGUCACAUUCCACAACAGAGGUGUCCAGCCCACACAGUGAUGAAUCUACCCACUCCCUCGUUUCCAGGUCGAAGAGUACCUCGCAGAACGGACGUGCUUGUAACACCGUCAAUGGUGGGUAUCAGUGCAACCCCGCGAUCUCGCACCAGUGGGGUCAAUACUCGCCCUACUUCUCACUAUCAGAGGAGUCAGUGAUUCCCGACGAUGUACCUGGCGACUGCCAAAUCACAUUCGCUCAAGUCAUCUCUCGCCAUGGUGCCCGAUAUCCAUCCAACAAGAAGAGCAAAAAGUACGGGGCUCUCAUCGAUGCUAUCCAAGCGAAUGCAACUGCAUACAAGGGCAAAAUGGCUUUCCUGCGCUCAUACGAAUAUAACCUUGGGAGCGAUGACCUGACAACUUUUGGAGAGCGUCAGAUGGUUGGUUCGGGGUUGAAGUUUUAUUACCGCUACGAGGCAUUGACCAGACAAGCUGUGCCCUUUGUGCGUUCAUCCGACUCUGUCCGAGUGAUUCAAUCCGGAGAAAACUUUAUCAAAGGAUUCCAACACGCAAAGUCCCAUGAUAAAGAUGCCAAUCACCGACAAAAGAGUCCCGAGAUCAGUGUUAUCAUUUCCGAAAAAGAGGGCUCGAACAACACCCUCAAUCACGCCGAUGUCUGCACAAACUUUGAGAACAGCAGCCUGGGUGACGAUAUUUCUGACAACUACACUGCUAUCUUCUGGCCUACCAUCCGUGCUCGACUUGAGGCGGAUCUGCCAGGUGUCACGCUCGAGGAUGGCGAUGUGACCAGGUUGAUGGACUUGUGUCCCUUCGAGACUGUCUCCCAGAGCCACAACUUCACUAGCAUCUCGCCCUUCUGUGAUCUAUUCACUGAAGCCGAAUGGACGCAGUACAACUACCUUCAGUCACUGGGCAAGUACUACGGCUACGGAGCAGGCAAUCCUCUUGGUCCAUCUAUGGGAGUUGGAUUCGUGAACGAGCUCAUCGCCCGGCUAACCCGUACCCCCGUGCACGACGAUACGACCACAAACCAUACCCUUGAUGCCCCUGGUGCUGCCACCUUCCCCCUGAAUUACACCAUGUAUGCGGAUUUCACGCACGACAAUGGAAUGAUCCCUAUCUUCUUCGCCUUAGGGUUGUAUAACAACACUAAGCCUCUUCCUCCUACCCACCUGCAAACUCCUGACAAGGCGGAUGGCUAUUCGGCUGCUUGGACGGUGCCCUUCGCUGCUCGCGCUUAUAUCGAGAUGAUGCAAUGUCGCUCGGACCCAGACCCAGAACCCUUCGUCCGGGUUCUUGUGAAUGACCGCGUCGUCCCAUUGAAGGGGUGCUCCGUUGAUUCACUUGGACGUUGUCGCCGAAAGGAUUUCAUCAACGGACUGACCUUUGCACGCUCGGGAGGCAAUUGGGACCAGUGUUUUGACGAAGACUCGUGA